CGGCUGCUCUCAGACGACACACACCGAGGAGAGCAGCGCAUUAUUUUGUGAAGACAGGUUCGGACUUGGAGAAGAUUCCGGAUUAAUUGACAAGCCGCAACUGGUAACUCAGAGGGGGCCUGAGUGGAAGUCCUGGGAUCAUUUUCAACAUUGUUUUUUCCCUCUACUUGAUUAUUUAAAAGCAAGAUGAAUGAUGGGUCACUAAAGGUGAGUGACAAAAGGAAAAACUAAGGUCAAAGACUUGUAACAAGCAAACUCCCAGCGUCUCCUCUGUAGUAUGUAUUGAUAGCUCAGCCUGUCAACCUGUUAGUUCCAGUCAUGUUACUCACAACUGGGCUGGCUUUAAUUAGAAGUUAAUGGUCUAUAUGAAGGGCAAAAACAUGGCAAAAUGACAUCAUUUUAAUCUAAUGAACAUAACCUGCGAUCAAAAAUCACUUUGGGUGUAAAAAGCCAGCGGCUAGCAGAUAUGACUAACAACGUGAGCUCCAGAAUGGACACCCCGACCAACAUCUCUCUGAGUCCCAGCGCCGCCGUCUCUGACUCGCUGGAGUACAAGGCUGUGUCAGUGUUCCUAGUCCUUGUGGUUUGUGGUGCGGGCAUCGUGGGAAACAUCAUGGUGGUCCUCGUGGUCCUAACCACCCGUCACAUGAGGACACCCACCAACUGUUACCUGGUCAGCCUGGCCAUAGCGGACCUGACGGUGCUGGUGGUGGCGGGGCUGCCCAACGUGUCCGACAGUCUCACGGGAACGUGGAUAUUUGGCCACGCCGGCUGCCUGGGCAUCACCUACCUGCAGUACCUGGGCAUAAACGUGUCCUCCUGCUCCAUCACCGCCUUCACCCUGGAGAGGUACAUAGCUAUCUGCCAUCCCAUGAAGGCUCAGACCGUGUGCACAGUGUCCCGGGCCAAGCGGAUCAUCGCAGGCCUGUGGUUCUUCACCUGCGUCUACUGCAUGCUGUGGUUUUUCCUGGUGGACAUUCAGGUGAACCAGGACGGACAUGUGCAGUGCGGCUACAAAGUCAAACGGGAGCUCUACCUGCCCAUAUACCUCAUUGACUUCGCCAUUUUCUACGUCAUACCGCUGCUCCUCGCCAUCGUGCUGUAUGGCUUGAUAGCACGGAUCCUCUACCUCAGCCCGCUGUCCACCCACCCUGACAACAGCGCCACCAGCCUGCGCCGCAGCUGCCGGGACACCUCUGAAGCUGGGAGGAAGGCGGGUCGCCAGAGCCGGCCAAAGAGCGCCCUCUCCUCCAGGAAACAGGUGACAAAGAUGCUGGCAGUAGUGGUGAUCCUCUUUGCUCUUCUGUGGAUGCCAUACCGGACUUUAGUUUUGAUCAACUCUUUUGUGUCCACACCUUAUCUGGAUGCCUGGUUCCUCCUGUUUUGUCGGACGUGCAUCUAUGCCAACAGCGCUAUAAAUCCUGUCAUAUACAAUGCUAUGUCUCAGAAGUUUCGCUCAGCCUUUCGCAGGCUUUACCGCUGCCAGAGACCAGAGGCUAAUCAUAGGACACUAUCAAUGAUUCAGACUGGCUUCGGCACCGUCAGAGACCCACGAACCUCGCAGGCCGAUAGCAAUAGAACCAAUGAAAAGGCUAGGAGAGACCUAAUGAAAACUGCAAUUGAGAUGACCUCACAGCAGAAUGGAAGCAGCCACCAGGAGACAACAACUGUCAAUGGCAAGGCAGCAGACCAUCCCACCAACACGGGCCCAGCUGCUCUCAGAUCUGUUGGGGGUCCAGCUGAGACGGCUCUAUCUGGAGAUCAGGUGUUAGGUUGGCCUUCAUUAGAUGAUACUGCAGUUCAUUUAGCAGACAGACCUGCAGCCGACCAUCAGCAGGAGAACAUUUAAGUUUCCAUAUCACCAUAUAAUAGGAUACCUAUGAAUUUUUAAGUACACAAUUUAAAUCCAACAAGAAAGAAAAGCUAUCAUUCUAAUUGAGCUGGUUCCAUCUGGUGACUUCACAGCCGUAGACAACUAAUGUAUAGGAUUCGCUUUAUUGUAAAGACAAAAGAAAAAAAGACCUGUGACUUAGAAUAUUGAAUGAUUCCAAAAUAAUAAUUUGUUGCCACUCAGGUCAAAUUUAACGAACCAAUAAAAAACGAAAUAUGUUUUGUUUUACUUACUGACAAGCUGAAAGUCAGUUAUUAUGAAUUGAAGGACAAAGAAGACCGCAUCUACUGCAAUUUACAAAUGGUGUCAUCCAUAUCUUUGAAAGAAGAAUUUGACGUGACAAACAAAAAGUUAGACAUUAUUAUCUUUCAACAUAGCUGUCCCUAUUUCAAUCACUCUUUUCUAAGAUGUUUAUCAAAGUAUAUCAAAUAUGCAUCAUAACCAUCAUGUUUGAGGUCAUACAUGUGACAUUUAUUUAUUUUCCAGCCUACUUUUAAUAACCAGCUGUUAGCUAACAUUGACCGUUUUGAAGAGCAGCACACUGCUUCAUCGGCAUAAGUCGUUUUUCUUUAUUUUUUACACCAGCAACAUUGUCAAUGUCAAUUCACACUAAAAUAAUAUUCACUUAUUGGGAAAAAUGCAUCAGGAGAUGUUAUUUGUGUGACAGUCAGACAGAGAAUGACUACUUUCCAGCGGCAGCUGCCGUUAGUAAACAGUAGGCUUAACCCCAGUGUUUUUUCAAAGAAUUUUUUUACUUUUCUGUUUUUGUAUUACUGCUUUUGUUGUUGAUACGCUGUGUAUUUUAUUGGGGGCGGUGGGGAAUUGUGACCGCAUGCUUUGUUGCCGCCUGAACGGCCUGCUCUUAAUCCAUGUAAAGCACUUUGUUACUUUGUUUUAGUGCUGCAUAAAUAAAGGUAUUACUAUUAUUAUAAUAAUAAGAGCAACAUAAACACAGCUCUAAAUGAUAUUCUUUCUGGUUAACCUUGACGUCAUGACUUGGCUCCACUCGGGCAAUGUGCGGUCGACAACCAAACUGGAUCUCAUUUGGUUUGGAAAUUGAACCAACUGCAAACAACUAGCACCAGCACGGAACUGAUUUCAGUGGGAAAGGGGUGACAGUGACCAUAAGCGUUCAACCUUACAACAACUAUUCUGAUGAUUCAUAUGUAAUCGUGAACAGAAAUACUUCAUUAUUUGAUGAAAGUAUGUUUUUUUUGUACACACUAUGUCAGUGUAAUGAAAUGGUUUUCUGUAGUAAUUAAAUGACAUAGUAAAGCAUUCAGUUACUUAAAGAUUCAGAUCUUUAUGGCACUUAUUUGCUUCCAUAACUUAUCCCAUAAGUCAGCCUACCCUUUAACUGAUGAGAACACUAACACCAGUGAGCAUGUCUCCUUACCUUUAUCAUGCUAAUACUUUAGCAACUUAGCAUACACAUGUGUAUUGCAUACUGUGCAUUGUACGUGUGGUUAUAUUAGCUCUGUGACAACACUAAUGUAAAUCACUUUUCACAUGAGGCUCAUGAGGAUUUAUUAGCCAGGACUAUUUUGAUCUAGUUGGCAGCGUGUCAAACAUGCACUAGGAAGCUAUGUAGUGUUUUUACAAGGAGGAAUAAUGGAAAGUUUAAAUAGUCUAAACAAAUUAAACUCUUGAAUUACAUGCUGCAUGUAAAUAUGUCCGACUGUUCUUCAUCCUUUAUUUGGUGUAGUGAAAUGAUGAUGUACAUUGCUGUAAGUGAUAUUUAAGUUAUGAUGGUUUUUGUUUACAUUUUACUUUGGAUUUGUGAAACGUGACCCUGCUGGGUCUACUUCAAGGUUCUUUAUUUGUCAAAAGAACAUAGCUACAGUGUAGUUAUGUCGAUGAAAAUCUUAGGUCACAGGCUUCUCCAACAGUGCAACACAAAACACAGAUAAACAGAAAGAUAUAG